CCCACCGGCCAGCAUCUUCUCGGCGAGGUGCGGCCCGCCCCCCCGCCGCCAGGCUGCAGCGGAGGAGCGGUGGUGGGUCGGAGGCGACGAACCCGAGCCGAUCAAGACUCCCAGAGAGCUACCACCCCACCGACGAGAAAUUCCUCCAACCCGCGGCCCCCAGAUCCAGAAUCUUCCGCCUCCUUGGCUCUCCCUCCCGGCCCACCACCGUCCGCCGGCUUCCGCCGCUCCGUCCUCCCCGGCUUCGUCAUCCUCAACUCGCUGGCCAGAUCUCCACAACGAGAGCAAAUCGGUUCGUCUUCGUCGACCCACCGCGCCUCUCCUACUCCUCCGUCCAGUCCUUCAACCGCGACGGGAACCUCUUCGCCUGCAUGCCCAUAAUCCUUUCCUCGGUGGAGGGCCUCGCCCUCAUCCAAGUCCACUUCACGGCCGGCACUUGUUCGUCUAGGUUCAGAGUCGCUCAGAGGGGCAGAGGGCACCGGGGUCGGCCGACGCUUGAGCUGCUCCCGGACAUCCCGUCCGUAUUCUCAGAAGGAGCAUCUCAUGUCCCAUGGCGACGGCAAGCACCAAGUCUCGCCGCUCCCUCUUAAGUUACACGGCAGGGCAAUAUGAUCUCCAUAUCUAGUUGUCCACUUGGACCAUGAAGCUGCUAUAGGUGGAUCAUGGGCCAAGAAGCUGGAACUUAUUGAUCCCACAAUGUCAAAGUUGACAGCUCCCAGUCUCAGAUGGAUUGCUAGGAUGUGUGGAUCUCCGUGAGUGAAUUGUGAUCUGCGAUGUGCUCGCCAUGGUCAAAGGCAUGCCUGAUGGUGGCACGUUUCAUCCUGAUGUCGAAGCCGCUGUGCAGCAACCAAGAGCUCUACUGCCCAGAAACGGUUGGCACACCCGCUGCACGAUGCCGCCUUCAGUCAUGGACUCAUGGUUACAUUACAUCAAGUGUGUCAAGUUGGAGUAAUCAGUAAGACUCAGACCUGAAACCUCUCACUAGUUCGGCAUGAUCACUUUGGCAUGGGUCUACUCUACGAUUCAGAAUCAACCAUGGUUCCACCCCGGGAGGAGGAGGAUGAAUAUUAACUCAUUGGUUGGCGGCUCGUCACAUGAUUUAGGGCGUUGACAUGGGAGUGUCUCAUUUGACCUUUUAAGGGGGAAGCACGUAACAAUGGUCUUUGCCUCAUGUCCACGCUGGAUAAGCAUGACCAAACUACAUGGAUUGCCGCUGUUGACACCAAGAGCAAGUCAGGGGCAGAGCCUAUGCCUUUUUUUUGCAGAGAGGUCUUCACUGUAUGAUCCAACCCACAUCUUUGACACUAAAUCAGGUGGUGACAAUAGCACACAUUGCAGGCAUGACACCUCAGUUUCAUGCUUUUCUAUGGAGAGAUAUUGGACUAGGAUUGGUACCAGUUCUAAGACCGAUGAACAUGACACGGUUGGGGUACAGGCGUACAGCUCCGAGGAGCGAAAAAGGUUGGCCAGCCAUGGUGCUGGGGAUGAGAGGGAGAGAAGGUUGAGGACAGGGAUUAGAUCUUUACUAGUGUUUGCUACUCUCCAUGGAUAUCCAUGCUAGUUAACAAUGGAUAUGAUUCAUCAUUACUCUUAUAGAAGAGGCUGUGUUACUCGGCUAACCAGAGCACCUGCGAUUGCUAAUGCAGCUUGGCCGUUUGAUGAUUUUACUGUUGGACGAUUUUAACCGCUGGGGUUACCUCGGCCUUCAGUUUGUGUUGCACAUUUGCCUCAUAGGGCCGAAGCAUGUGUUACAGAGGUGAUGAAC